CCCGCACAGCAACCCCGACUUUCAUUUUUGAACACCUACCACUCAGACUGUAUCGUCACGAUGUCUCAGAACGACUACAAGACCGCAAGCUCGAUUCCGCCGCAAGCAAGGUUCCACGAUGAUGAGGAGCUUCACCGCUACGUCACGGAUGAGAUGCCGCGCACCGCCAAGAUGUCCUCCUCGACUGCUGGGGGUGUUCCUCCCAGCCAGGCUGCCCUCAUGACUGUGCAGCCUCUUAGGAAGAAUGACAUGCAGCCCUCGUACGCGCAGGACCUCGGCAGCGGAUCCGUAACGCACGGUUUCUACGGUUCCAUGAUCUCAGGUCUCGGCUCGUGCAUCGGUGUCCUUGGCCAGUUCCCAUGCUGCCCUCUCCCCAACCCCUACAAGAGUGUCAAGCAGGGUCAGGUCGGCCUUAUCAGCCGCUUCGGCCAGUUCUACAAGUCGGUUGACCCUGGUCUUGUCCAGGUCAACGUCUGCUCCGAGUCGAUGACGGUCGUCGAUGUCAAGAUUCAGCUCACCACCGUGCCCCGCCAGACGGUUCAGACCAAGGACAAUGUUUCGGUCGAGGUCGACUCGGUUAUCUCGUGGCACGUUGUGUCCCCGUACCGUGCCGCUUUCGGUAUCAACAACCUCUCGUACGCUCUCGUUGAGCGUGCUCAGACCACUCUCCGUCAGGUCGUCGGUGGACGUGUCCUGCAAAGCGUCAUCUCGGACCGUGAAGGCCUUGCCCUCGAGGUUGCCGAGAUCAUCGAGGCCACGGCUGAGAAGUGGGGUGUGUCGAUCGAGUCCAUUCUCCUCAAGGACAUCAACUUCUCGCCCGAGCUCCAGCAGAGCCUGUCGUCGGCGGCCACCCAGAAGCGUAUCGGUGAAUCCAAGGUCAUCGCUGCUCGUGCCGAGGUCGACGCCGCCAAGCUCAUGAGGCAGGCUGCCGACAUUCUUGCUUCUCCUGCUGCCAUGCAGAUUCGUCAGCUUGAGGCUCUCCAGGCCAUGGCCCGUAAUGCCAACUCCAAGGUUGUCUUUGUUCCCAUGAACCUCGGGACCAUGGGCGCCACUGGUAUCGAACAGGUUUCGCAGCAGGUUGCCGCGUCAGCACAGGAUGGUGAAGGCCAUGAGCUGUACUCGCGCAACCCGACGACCCAAGCCGGCCUCCUUACCAGCAUGACUCAGAUCUAAUGUCCUGAAACAGGAUUGUGUAACUUCUCUCUGAUCCCAUAAUAGUGACUCGGUGCUUCACCGGCCGGCCGACGUAAUGGCGUCCAUGUAGCUGCCUACUGUAGUGUGUUCUUUAAUGCAACUCGCUCGACGCGCGA